AUGUUCAUAUUAUUGUGCUCUUGAAUUUUGUCCAUCAUUUUGAUAUACUUAAUUAAAUACGUUAUUUACAACAGAUUUUCUUCCAAGAGGAGGAAUGUACCAAGUGGCGUGGUCGUGCUGUACCAAGUGGGCAGGGGACCACGUGCCCCAAGCAUUUCACCUUUCCCGCUCAAACUGGAAACCUUCCUGCGCAUGGCGAAGAUACCAUAUAUGAAUGAUCACUCGUCCAAGUUCUCCACGAAGCAGAAAACGCCGUGGAUGGAGUACAAUGGCAUAUCUGUGGCAGACUCGCAGUUUUGUAUAGAGUAUCUGAAGAGGGAGACAGGCAAGAACGUCAAUAGUCAUCUUACCCCUGCCCAAGAGGGCGUGGCCAGGGCUUUCCUGAAACUAACUGAGGAAAAUCUUUACUGGACGAUGUGUUCGGAGAUGUUUGGAGCUGACACGACAGCCGUUAAAUCAGUUAUUCCUUAUCGGGGUCUUAAAUUAUGGCUGCUCCUGUCUUUCCUCCGCCGCGUGCUGCGUAAGGAGAUGUGGGGACACGGGAUCGGACGUCAUACCCCAGAUGAGAUCUGGUCUAUAGCGGUAGGGGACAUGAAGGCUCUGUCACACUUCAUAGGUGACAAGGCGUUCCUGUUGGGAGACGAGCCGUGCGAGGCGGACUGUGCUGUAUUCGGGAUGCUGGCAAUGAUGAUUGAACAUAUGCCUACUUCACGACACGAGCGACUAAUCAAAGAUGAGCUGACUAACCUAGUUUCCUACUGUGAUCGGAUGAAGGCCCGAUAUUGGCCCGACUGGGACCAGUGUGUCCUUACCGGUAAAGGUUACGUCGAUGAUAGUGGCAAGAUCUACAGGUUUGACAACUAA